AUUGUACUAUAGGGGUCUAAAGUGUUUAAUUCACUCAACAAGACAGCGUGUUACUUUUCCUCUCCUUUAAUCCAUUUUUAAUUUUUAUAUUUUUUUUUAUGCAAUUAUUUUGUGUUUUGCAUUCACUUUAUUCGCUUUUCUCUUGUAUAUAUAUCCAAUCAACCCAUAAGCUUCUAACCACCCAAAGAAAUUGAAUUCCUAUUCUCUUCCCGCAUUCUAUUGUUAUUCUUUCCUUUGGCCCUUUUGCUCUUCAUCGCAAUCUCAUUUUCCACCUUAAUUUGGGUUACUGGUAUUUGCAUAAGAUAUGUUGAUGGGACUGCUCCUUGCAAUCUCUGCUUUCCAAUGAAAAUUUGUUGAAUUUUGUACAGCAAUCCUUCCGACGGUCAAAAAUCGACAAAAGUUACAUAUCCUAGAGCUUCUAAAGUAUCAUCAUGAGUUCGAGUAGCAAAAAAGAGAUUUUGUAUGACGAGUUUCUGAAGACUUUGCCUAAAGAUGAUGAGGAAUCAUCCCCAUCGUACAUCCAGGAAACGAUUAAGUCCUUGUGUCCUAAGAUCACUACUUCAGGUUCUGCGGACCAUUCUAUUAAAAAUUAUGGGGGAGAUGGGAUCCAAGAAGAAUCGGAUCCAGGUCUUGGACUCACUACAGAUGAAAAAAAGAAACAAUUUCUAGAGAAGAUUUAUGAGCCAGUGGAACAAUCUGAGGUUCAGGGUUUCGAUUAUGACGAGAAGUCAUUGAAAAUGUUGCUUCUCAAUGAAAAAAGCCAAGAUUCGAUCAAGCUAAUUGGCGUUGUCGGGGUGCUUGGUGUUGGGAAAACAACACUAUGUCGCUUAAUUUUCAAUGAAGAAGAAGUGAAGCAACGAUUUGUUCCAAGGAUUUGGAUAUCCAUGUCCGAAGAGCUCAAAUCAAUGGAGGAUGUUGUAAAAAGAAUGCUGGAACAUCUUGGAGUUGAAGAAGAAAUCAUCGAGUCCAUUUCUAAUGAUCAUAAACUUCCUGGGUUGCUUUACUCUCUUCACCUGAAACUGAAAGGGAAGAGGUUUCUGAUUGUGUUUGAUGAUGUACGAAACAAGGAGGAGUACUAUGAAAAACUAGAAUCUUGUCUUAGAGAUGGACAUGGAUUCCCGAAAGGGUCUGGAGGAGCGGUCAUUGUCUCAAGUAGGAAUCAGGAGGCAAUAAAGAAGAUGGUUGAGGAGCAAAACUUGCAUCGUUUGCUGCCCCUUUCAGAUCCAGAUUGCUGCUGGGGUAUAUACCGGGACCCAGAUGAUUCAAAAGGAGAAAAGGAUUCGACUCGACUAGAAGUUAUGAAAGAAGUAAAAGAGGAACUGAAGAAGAAGUGUGGAGGUUUUCCUCUGGCUGCGAGAAUCAUGAGAGAAAUCAAUCAUCUUCACGAGGAACAAAUGUUACAAAAUGAUGGUUUAAAGCAAGCAUCUGCAGCUCCAAAGGACGGUUCUGGUGAAGCAACUACAACUUAAAAAUAUAGUUCGAUUGAAGCAUCUACAAGUUCAAAAGAAGGCUAAAUGGUGUUAGCCAAUUGAAUAUCACUACAUAUGCAUAACAAUAUUUUAUAUUUUUUCUAAGAAAUUUCUCUUUUUUAUUACGCAAAGAGUUGCUCUAUUUUUACGAUUUUAUCUUUAUGUAUUGGAGUUUGGGGGUUUCAUCCCAUAUAUAUUUUCAGAACUUAAUUUCUAGCUGUAAUGGAUUUUCUUAUUGACAAUAAAAGAAGUAU